GUAUAAUAUAAAGUUAAAUAUAAAAAUACCAAACAUAACAAACAACUUAUAAAAAUGAAUGGUCUUACUAUCAUAGCAUUCCUAAUUACUUCUUUAGUCUAUGCUUAAAGUUCUGACAAAUAGCUUGUUUAUUCUUGUUUACAAGAGGAAAUAGACAUGAGUGAAAUGGUUCCUGAAGAUUUCUUAGAAACAUAUGAAGAGAAGUAUGGUAAUCGAAAACUCUAAAAUCAAGAGCCUUAGCCUAUCAGAAUUACUCUAGAUUUCAAAGAACUUGAUAAUGUUAAAAAUGGUGAAGGACUUACUGCUAACAAAAAGGAAUACAUUAAAAAAAUUAUGUAUGCAGCUUAAAUAUAUUUGAGUAAACUAAUUAAAGUGAAUCCAAGAUAGCAACCUAUUAAAUUUCUAAAGUAUACUGAUAUUUGCUAUGAUGUCAAAGUUUCUCAAGAAAUUAGAACAGAUGGAAUCUAUGACUCCGAUUUACAUAUUUUUGUCACCUAUACUAACUAGGAAGGCACCACUUUGGCUGAUGCAAUAUCAUGUUAAUUGGAUCCUUACCCUAAUGUUGGAAGAGUUAAAUUUAAUAUAGGUACUAUGAUAAUUAAUGAAGACGAUACUUAGUCUUUCUAAGAUAAUUUCACAACUUCUUUGCAUGAAAUAAUUCAUAUUUUAGGUUUCUCUGGAAGUAAUAUCUAAUAUUGGAUUGAUCCUGAUACAGGAAAACCUUAUGGACUCACAAAUGCACAUAAGAUUAUGAAAAGAGAAAAUAGGUGGGAUGUAGAUAAUGUACUAAAGAUAUUUUCUAAGAAUAUUUUGAGAGUCUCAAGAAAUCACUAUGGUUGUCCUUUAAUUGAUGGUAUGUACCUUGAAAACUAAGGUAAAGUUGGUUCCUUUAGCUCUCAUUGGGAAAGAGAUCUGCUUGGAAACGAAUUUAUGACAGCCAGUCUUGUUUAUCGUGUUUCUACUAUUUCUGAAUUUACUGCAGCCCUACUACUUGACACUGGUUAUUAUGCUGAAGUCAAUUCUAAUCUCUUAAUGCCUAUUUACUGGGGUAAGAAUAAAGGAUGUGAUUUUUUUAACAAGUCUUGCAAUACGUCUUAAUAAUUCCCUGAAUUCCCAGAUGACAGUGAAGAAGAGUCUUGCGAUUUUUUCUCUUAAGGUAUAGGUAAACUUUAAAAAGCAGGUACUUUUACUUAAUGCAAGACAGUAACUAUCAAUAAUAACCUUUAUUGUUAUUCUGAUCAAUUUAAGGCUAAUGAAUUCUUAAGAUAAAAUACUGGUUCUGGGUCUAAGUGUUUUAGAUCAAAUGCAAGUAUCAAAGGGUAUGAAAUUUUAGAUAUGAAAGGUCGAUGCUUUAAGGCUUAAUGUGCAAGCGAUUUAUCCUCUAUUUAAGUUAGUAUUUGGGGUGAUGAAUAUGUCACUUGCAAAUAUCCAAAUUAAGUUAUUAGCUUAUCUGAAUAAACUAUUAACACUCAAGGCAUUAUGAAAUGCCCACAUGAUUUUGAUUUAUUUUGUAAUUUCCCUAAAUCUUGUCCCAAUAAUUGUUCAAACAAUGGCAUAUGUAAUAAUGGUUACUGUAUUUGUCUCAAAUAAUAUGCUGGAGCUGAUUGUUCUUAAAAAUGUGAGGAAGGUUAAGUUUGGGAUGGUGCUCGCUGUGCAUAAAGUUGUCCUUUUGGAUAGUUCAAAAAUUUUGAUAAUACUUGUAAACCUACUUGUCCUUACAAGCAAUAUGGAGACAGAAAUACAGGAAGUUGUGUUCUUUGCCCAAUAAAUUGCUCAGCCUGUUUUGGUCCUACUUUUAACCAAUGUCUUUCAUGCAAUAAUGGUUUUAUGCUUUAAGGUAACUAAUGUAUUGAAUUUACUUGUCACUCUAGUUGCUAUUAGUGUUCAGGUCCAAAUGCAAACUAAUGUACAUCCUGUCCUUCUGGAAAGUAUUUAGAUUCAAAUAAGACUUGCUAAUCAUGUUAAUAACCAUGUGAAAACUGCUUUAAUGAAGCUACUGAAUGUACUACUUGUGCUUAAGGUUAUAAAAUGAACACAUCUAAUGGAAGAUGUGAAUCAGUUAAUAAAUGUGACAGCUCUUGCCUUGAGUGUUCUGAUUAAAGAAAUCCUACUAAAUGUACUUCUUGCAGAAACGGCUAUACUCUCGACUAUUAAGGAAAAUGCCAAAAAAUAAUAUGCUUCAUUAAUGAAAUAAUGCUAAAUAACUAAUGCGUUCCAUGUGAUAAAAGUUGCGAAGGAUGUGUAAAUAAUCCUAAAACAUGUAUUAAUUGUGCAAAAGGAUAUAAAUUUGAUUUUAGUAACAAAAAUUGUGUCCCUAAAUGCAAUUAAGAUGAUUUCUUAGAUAGAUAUGGUAAUUGCUAAUAAUGUUAACCACCAUGUGCUACAUGUGAAGAUUUUAAUAAUAAUUGCAUUAGUUGUGUAAAUGGUUAUACUCUUAAUACCAAUUAUAAUUCUUGUGAACUUAAAAAUUAAAAAUGUCAUGAAAGUUGCAAUUCAUGCAAUAGAUAUAACGAUUCUUAUGGAUGCACUUCUUGUAGAGAUGGAAUGUAUCUAAAUUCAGGAAGAUGUUUACCAUGUAACAUCGAAUGCUAAACUUGUGAAGAUGCAUCUUAUAAAUGUACUUCUUGUAAAUAAAAUGAAUACCUGUCAAAAAUGAAAUGCAAACAAUGCCAUGCUUCCUGCUUAACCUGUUCGGAUAAAGAAACAAAUUGUACUUCUUGUAAAGAAGGUUUCCAAAAAGACUAUAAUUCAGGUCUUUGCGUUCCUACUAUUAAAAAUUGUUAGUUUGAUGAAUAUUUGGAUAAAAAUUAUUAGUGUUAAAAGUGCAACUCACCUUGUGUUUCUUGUUAUUUAAAUCCUAACAGAUGUACAAGUUGCAUUUCUGGUUAUGUACAUAAUACUUAAACAAAUUAAUGUGAAAUUAAUGAUCCUAUCUGUGAUUAUGAUUAGUUUUUGGAUAGCUACAAAAAUUGUAAGCCUUGCCAUUAAUCGUGUGCAACAUGUGAAGGCUAUAGUACUAAAUGCACUAGCUGUAAAAAUGGGUUUAUUCUUUUAAGAAAUGCGUGUUAUGAAUAAAGGUGCUCAGAAGGAUUUUUCCUCAACUACUUGGGUAGAUGUGUAAGAUGUGAUGAUUCUUGCUUAAAAUGUGAUACAUUUAAAGAUAAUUGUACAGAAUGUGCUAAUGGAUUUACUUAUGAAGCUAGCUCUUAAAGAUGCAUCAAAAUCUUAAAUAAUAAUUAAUGUCAUCCUACUUGUUAGGAAUGUAACUAACCAAAUAAUUCAUCUGCUUGUACAUCUUGUAAAGAAGGUCUCCAAAAAGACUAUAAUUCAGGUCUUUGUGUUCCUACUAUUAAAAAUUGCUAGUUUGAUGAAUAUUUGGAUAUAAAUUAUUAGUGUUAAAAGUGCAACUCACCUUGUUUUUCUUGUUAUUUAAAUCCUAACCAAUGUACAAGUUGCAUUUCUGGUUAUGUACAUAAUACUUAAACAAAUUAAUGUGAAAUUAAUGAUCCUAUCUGUGAUUAUGAUUAGUUUUUGGAUAGCUACAAAAAUUGUAAGCCUUGUCAUUAAUCGUGUGCAACAUGUGAAGGCUAUAGUAAUAAAUGCACUAGCUGUAAAAAUGGGUUUAUUCUUUUUAGAAAUGCAUGUUAUGAAUAAAAGUGCUCAGAAGGAUUUUUCCUCAACAACUUUGGUAGAUGUGUAAGAUGCGAUGAUUCUUGCUUAAAAUGUGAUACAUUUAAAGAUAAUUGUACAGAAUGUGCUAAUGGAUUUACUUAUGAAGCUAGCUCAUAGAAAUGCAUCAAAAUCUUAAAUAAUAAUUAAUGUCAUCCUACUUGUUAGGAAUGUAGCUAACCAAAUAAUUCAUCUGCUUGUACAUCUUGUAAUGAUGGUUAUUUCAUUUUUAAUGGUAUGUGUAUUUAAUGCAGCAGCUAAUGUUUGACGUGUAAAAGAAAAUCUAAUUUUUGCACUUAGUGCAAAUAAGGUUUUAGAUUAGACAGCAUUUUCGGUAGGUGUAUUUAAGAUUGCUAAUAAAGAUAUUAUUUUAAUUAAACAAAUAACUAAUGCUAACCUUGCUUAUCUCCUUGUGAAAAUUGUGAGUAUUAUUCUUAUAGAUGUACUAGUUGUAUUUAAGGAUACAAAUAUGACAAUGAUAGUUUUGCAUGUGAGAUUGAUUGCAAACCAGGAGAAUAUAAAAAUACAAUUUAAUCAUGUAAGCAGUGUUCAUUUCCAUGUUUAACCUGUGAAUUUGAUGAUAAUAGAUGUUUAAGUUGUGUAUCUGGAUAUACUUAUAGAGAUUAUUCAUGCUAAAAGAACUCUAGGUCUAAUUUUAGAGCUUGCCAUGAAUCUUGUAAUACCUGCAUAAAAGCUAUGGAUCCUCAUUCUUGUGAUUCAUGCAGGGAAGGAUAUACCUUAAUAAAUGGCACCUGCUAUAAAAAAUGA